AGAACGCACAUUUAACAUCCGGGAGUUUCAAUAUUCCACGACUGCAAAGUCAAGAUGGCCGCGCACUGUGUCCACAAAAUUUGGUUCUAUGUUAUUCAAGCUAUUUUACUGUUUGAGCAAGGCUCAGUUUCCAGUGAAGAGGUUCGGAUGAGACUAGUAGAGGAGCCUAUAAAUCUUGGCAACCAGCAAUGGAAUGCUCCAGCUCAGCCUAAAUCUCUUUUUCCAACUGUUCAAUUUUCAAAUUUUACAGGUCCACCACAUUUACGAAGAUUAGUAGGAAGAUGCUUUUCAUUAGUAGAAAAUGAUUACAAGUAUGAAUUAUGCCCGUUUCAAAAUGUAACGCAACAUGAGCAGAGCUUAAGAUGGAACCCCUACAGUGGAAUACUGGGGAUAUAUGAAGAAUGGGAUAUUGUGAAUAACACAUUCCAGUCCAUGAUAUUCAGAGAUGGAGAUACGUGUGGACAGAAAAAUAGACAAGUUAAAGUACAACUGAAAUGCGGUACAAAGCAUGAGUUAGAACAUGUAGGGGAGCCUGUCACAUGCGAGUAUGCUAUGGUUUUCCGUACGCCACUUGUUUGCCAUGAACAUUCAUUGCUUGUUUAUCCCAAUUUGAGUGAAGAUCAACAAGCAGAAUGGAAUGAGUUAGAAGGGAGGUUGUAUCGAGAAGAAGUCACCCAACAGGGCUAUAAGAAGAUGCUACAUACUAUCUUUGAGUCUGCGGGGUACGUUCUAAACCCCAAACAGAGACCCCUUCCUGCCAAACAAGAUCAUGAGACGCAUCCUGAUGAUUUCACCAGUCUGGACACAUGUAAAGACGAAUAUAGAAAACUCAAUGCUGAGAUAGAAACGUUGAAAUCACAACUCGAAUCAAGACAAAAUGACCCAGACACAAAUAACUUAUAGUUGUGGUCAGCCACAUUUGUGUUCGAUUCAUAGAAGCAGUUGGUAUGUCAGUUAACUUGGACGGUGAUUACGAUAGAGAUGAUAUCUACGAUCAGGAUUGAUAGAAAGCCGACAGUUUCUCGCAAGUCGCAACGACACCAGAUCCAUUUCCUGUGAGAAAUUCCUAUCAAAAUGUGAAGCAAACUUAUGUUGGUAUUCUGAUAUUGUCACAUACAAGUACUCUCUCUUAGAGAGCUGUCGACCAGUGUGUUGUAAAUUUUUCAAUCACAAUAUGACAGUUGGCUUUUAAUUGGUAAAUUGUCUUUCUAGUUUUUUUUUUUUUUCGAAG